AUGGACCAUUCCCUGGAGGAUGUGGAUGAGGCCCCAGACGCCCAGGGUCACGCCACCGACUGGAGAUUUGCUGUGUGCAGUUUCAUGGAUGCCUGGGAUGAGGAGGAACCCACCCCCCACAAGGAGGUUAAGGACUCCAAUACUCCAAGACCACCAGCAGGGGAAACUCAGGGUGAAGGGCUACUGUAUAGGGAGCUUCAGUCACCCCCAGAACUGAUGGCUACAGUUGAGUCUGGGGAUAGUCAGAAGGGCACAUCAGGAGUUUCUGAGAACCCAGCCCCUUCUGGAGUGGAGAACUCCUUAAGCCCCACAUCCUCCCACCUCAGCCUAGUAGAGGGUGGGAGUGACAGCCAAGGGAGGGACUUGGCAGGGGACCCAGUUUCAGGUAGGGUGGUGGCAGCCAGUUUGGGCCCUGAGGAGUUGGAUGGCCAUCCGGUGGACCUCGAAGAGCCCUCGUCAGAGACAGUGUCAGAGCUGGGGGAGGCAGCUCCCAGCAGAUCCAGCCUCCCCAGACCCACUGACUGCCUCCUGGCCCAAAACCUUGCUUUCGAGCUGCUGGCCAGUGGCAUGGCCACUCUUCCAGGGACUCGGGAUGCAGAAGGCCGGGCAGUGCUCCUUCUGUGUGCCCACAACCUGGCCUGGCUUCACCCCAAGUGCAGCAGCCAUGAGCUCAUCCGCUUCCUGCUCUAUCUGCGAAACAUCCCCAGGCCUGAAGUACAGGCCCUGGGACUGACCGUGCUAGUGGAUGCCCGAAUUUGCUCCCCGAGCUCUUCUCUUUUCUGGGGGCUUAGCAAGCUACAGGAAGCAGCUCCAGGGGCUGUGCACCAAGUGUUACUAAUGGGAAAGAUGCCAGAGAAGGUGCCUUCCACACUGCAGCUGGAGCACGUGCCCUCUCAUCAAAGUCUGCUGACCCGCCUCCCCAUCAUGGGGUUGCCUGAUUCACUGGGAGGAGGUUUGCCGUACUGCCACCAGGCUUGGCUAGACUUUCGGAUGCACUUAGAAGCCCUCGUGCAGAGUUGCCAGGUGGUCUGUGCCUUGCUCCAGGGCGCUGUUGAGAGCAUGAAGUCGAUUCCCCGGCCAGUGGAGUCCAGGGAAGCCAGCAAUCUGCUACGGCAGGCACAGGUCCUGAUGCAGCAGGUGCUCGACUCGCCAUGGCUGACAUGGCUACAGUGCCAUGGGGGCAUGGAGCUGGCAUGGAUAAAGCAGGAGGUCCCAGAGGUGACCCUGAGCCCAGACUACAGGCCGGCGGUGGAUGAGGCUGACAAGCUGUACGGCCACGUGGAUGAGCUGCUGCACCAGCUGACCCUGGAGAGCAACCGGUGCAUCCAGGCUCUGGAGUUGGUACAGAUGCUGGAGGCUCAGGAGGACACACUGCACCAGAUUGAAGUGUGGCUGCAACAGGUGGGCUGGCCAGCACUGGAGGAGUCAGGGGAGUCUUCGCUGGACACGUUGCUCCAGGCCCAAGGACCUUUCCAGGAGUUGGAACGAACUGCCCAGGAGCAGAUCAGGCGAGGGGAGAAGGUUCUGCAGCCACUGGCUGGCUGGGAGGCAGCUGAGCUGGGCUCCUUUGGGGCCCAUUUUCUGGCUCUGCAAGCCCAGCUGACGGAAUUCUCCAAGGCUUUGGCCCAGCGCCGCCAACGGCUGGCAGAUGCUGAGAAGUUGUUGCGAUUCUUCAAGCAGGCAUCAACAUGGGCUGAGGAGGGUCAGCGGGUGUUGACAGACCUGGAGAUGGAGCCCUCAGGGCUGGUGCUACAGCGGCUGCAGUUACAUUGGACCAAGUACCCCGACCUGCCUCCUGCCCACUUCCGAAAGAUGUGGGCCCUGGCUACAGGGCUGGGCUCAGAGGGUAUCCGCCAGGAGUGCCGCUGGGCCUGGGCACGGUGCCAGGAUACCUGGUUGGCCCUGGACCAGAAGCUAGAGGCUGCACUGAAGGCACCAAUGACAGGCAGCAGAAGUAGCCUGUGUAUGAGCAGGGUCCCCACUGCACAGGCUACUCCUCCCCUGAGGAAGGCGUACAGCUUUGAUCGGAAUCUGGGGCAGGGCCUCAGUGAGGCUGCCCGCCACUGCUUCCAUGCCACCAUUGUAGCUGCCUGCCGCGGACGAGAGGCUGGAGGUGGGGCCCAGCCUGGAUCACCCCUGACUACGACUAUGCCUCUGCCAGGCAGCUCUGAUGCCAGGAGUCCCAACAGGCUGCAGCUGGUGCUAGCGGAGAUGGUGGCCACCGAGCGGGAGUAUGUCCGUGCACUUGACUACACCAUGGAGAACUAUUUCCCCGAGUUGGAUCGCCCUGAUGUGCCCCAGGGCCUCCGUGGCCAGCGUGCCCACCUCUUCGGUAACCUGGAGAAGCUUCGAGACUUUCAUCGCCAUUUCUUCCUGCGUGAGCUGGAGGCCUGCACCCGGCACCCACCCCGAGUAGCAUACGCUUUUCUGCGCCAUAGGGUGCAGUUUGGGCUGUAUGCACUCUACAGCAAGAAUAAGCCUUGCUCUGAUGCGCUGAUGACCAGCUAUGGCCACACCUUCUUCAAGAAUAAGCAGCAAGCACUGGGGGACCACCUGGACCUGGCCUCAUACUUGCUGAAGCCCAUCCAGCGCAUGAGCAAGUACGCGCUGCUGCUGCAGGAACUGGCUCGGGCCUGUGGGGGCCUUGUGCCAGAGCUCGGUGCCCUGCGGGCAGCACAGAGCCUCGUACGCUUCCAGCUGCGGCAUGGCAACGACCUGCUGGCCAUGGAUGCCAUUCAGGGCUGUGAUGUGAACCUCAAGGAGCAGGGCCAGCUGGUGCGGCAGGAUGAGUUCACAGUGCGUGCUGGACGACACAAGUCCCAGCGCCGCGUCUUCCUCUUUGAGGAACUGCUGCUUUUCAGCAAGCCUCGCUGUGGGCCCACAGGCACGGAUACAUUUGCCUACAAGCGCUCCUUCAAGAUGGCAGACCUUGGCCUGACAGAGAGCUGUGGGGAUGACAACCUGCGUUUUGAGGUCUGGUUCCGUCGACGCAAGGCCAGAGACACCUUUGUGCUGCAGGCCACCAGCUCAGCCACCAAACAGGCCUGGACGACUGACAUCUCCCGCCUGCUCUGGAGGCAGGCCGUUCACAAUAAGGAGGUGCGCAUGGCUGAGAUGGUAUCCAUGGGUGUGGGGAACAAGGCCUUCCGGGACAUUGCCCCCAGCAAGGAAGCUAUCAAUGACCGAACCAUCAACUAUGUCCUCAAGUGCCGAGAAGUUCGCUCUCGGGCCUCCAUUGCCGUGGCCCCACUUGACUACGACAGCCCCUACUUGGGGGCCUCCAGCCCCCUUCCUGGAGACCCUGCCUCUUCCUCUGUACUGGGACCCCUCAACCUGCAUCUGUACAGAGACCCAGCUCUUGUGGAUCUCUGCUGGCCCCUGUAUCCCACCAAUUUCCAUGAGGAAGCAGCGCUGGAAGCUGAAGCAGAGUUGAGCAGCCAGCCCUCUUUGACUCCUGAGGACUCAGAGAUCUCAUCCCAGUGCCCAUCGGCCAGUGGCUCCAGUGGCUCUGACAGUAGCUGUGUGUCAGGGAAGGCUCUGGGCGGAGGCCUUGAGGACUUGUCCUAUGUAGAAUUGGAGGUAGGUGGGCCAGAGCUAUUCCCCAGAGACCGUACUCUGCAGGGCAGCCCUGUUGACCACCCUUUCUGA